GGGCCUCCGUGGCCCGGCACACGCCCCAGCCGAGCGAAAAUGGUGGGCCGGAACAGUGCCAUCGCCGCGGGCGUGUGCGGUGCCCUCUUCAUCGGGUACUGCAUCUACUUUGACCGCAAAAGGCGGAGUGACCCCAACUUCAAGAACAGGCUUCGAGAACGAAGAAAGAAACAGAAGCUUGCUAAGGAAAGAGCUGGGCUUUCCAAGUUACCUGAUUUAAAAGAUGCUGAAGCUGUUCAAAAGUUCUUCCUUGAAGAGAUACAGCUUGGGGAAGAGUUAUUAGCACAAGGUGAAUAUGAGAAGGGUGUAGACCACCUGACAAAUGCAAUUGCUGUGUGUGGACAGCCUCAGCAGCUGCUGCAAGUGUUGCAGCAGACUCUUCCACCACCAGUGUUCCAGAUGCUUCUGACCAAGCUUCCAACCAUUAGUCAGAGAAUUGUAAGUGCUCAGAGCUUGGCUGAAGAUGAUGUGGAAUGAGCCAGAUUUCAACACGAUAAAAUCUCAGUUAAAAAUGAUUUAACCAUUAGCUUGGAAGCUGAUCAGCUCUGGGGGAAUAAGGGCAAAUAUGCUUGUCAUGAACUGUCCUACACUGAAGUCUACCAAAGUGAAUGUGUACUUUGAGUAGAUCCAUUGUCUCUUCUAUUUAUUUUUUCCAGUGAAAAGUAUUUUGAUAGAACUUUUCAUUUUAUAAAUAUACUGAGUUAACCAAAAUAUCAUGUAUUUCGUUUAUUCUUAAGACAUGCAGUUCAGAUGUAAAUACAUCUGAGUAUUUACUUAGAUUUACGCAGAGUUAUUACUUAGCUAAAAACUCCCGGUGAUGAAUUUUAAAAGAUUGGCAGAGAGUAUGAAGGAUAGAUGAAUAAUGCCCAUUUUAAAACACUAAUACAUUUUACUGUAAAUCAUAAAAUUGGAUAGAAACUUGUUUGUGAAAACUAAGCAUUAAAAUCUUGCAGAUACCUUUUUUUUUUUUUUUUCUGUUUACUCUUUAACAUGUGAAGUGUGCUGUGUGUUCUUAGCGAUCCUGUUCUCUCCUGUGUUUCCUUAAAAGCUUCAGUCUACAUCAGUGGCUUAAUGUCCUGGGCACUAACUCGUAGUAUUUCAAGCACCUGGCUGCAGAUAGCAUUGGGAAUUCGACCUGGGUGAGCCUUGCCUGCUGUCUGCUCACUCUGCUCUUUACAGACUGAGAGGACCAGUCUGCUCAUCUCUGGGGUAGCUCUUUCAGUGUGGAAUUUACUUUGUUCUGUUGAGUGUCUUCAGGUGUGUUCCAGCUGGUGGCCGAUGAUUAUUUCAGAACAACCAGGGCUUGCACCUGUUUAUAUUCUGAGUUUGCAUGUUUGCCUGACUUGGUGUUUCUCAAUUAAACCUUGAAGUGGAGUAACUUCUUUGUCAGUUGUUACUGCUGUGGAGUGAUUCUGUUAUUGUUGUGUAAAUUAACCAGAAACUUGUCAUUAAGGCAGCUCUGAUGGUCUGCUUGGGAAAAUAUUGAUUGCUUUUUGCUUUUAACAGUGUUUCUUCAGUCUUCCUAUGGGUUGAUCAAUUUAUUUUGCACAGUGAUAGUGGAGUGUCAUCUUGACUGGAGACUGGCUGAAGCAGGUGGGACCUCUUCUCAGAUAUCGACAAAUCACCUGGUGACAUGGACUGUUUCUGAAUUGUGAAGACCUUGCAGUCUGUGCUGGUAUCUGUUCACCGAGCAGCAUUCUUGUGGGGCAGGUCAUCUGCCUCCAUGCCCUAUACUUUUUUUGGCUUUGCUCACCUUUUCCUGGUAAUACAGUAGGAAGAAUCGAAUCAGGCUUUUACCUGCCUCUACUUGGUGUGUGGAUAGCAGCUUUGAACAGCUAACCUCACAUGGGAACCUUGCUCUAGUAUUUUCUGGUGGAAAGCCAGGCCUGGAGGCACACUUUAAGACCUUUUAUAGGCCCUUUCCAGGCCUUUGAUCCUGAACCUUUAAACAGUGCUUUCUUGGUAGGUAUGCUUGUUAGGAGGUGCUACAAAUAAAGUAAAAAUGCUGGCUGAGUUUUGUUAGUAGGCCCUCCGAUCCCAAGCAUCAUAAUGGUGAUUGGUCAGAGAUUGAGAGACUGCACUGCCAAGAGUACUGCGUCAGCCCGGAUAUGGAUGAGAACCAAAAGGAGAGUGGAGAUAGGAAAGUGAGAGGUGUUUUGCAGUGUGCACUGGGUGGCCUGGCUCCUGGCAGUGGAGAGGGAGAUACUGUCUUUACUUUGAGUUUGAAACCAAGACUUGAGUGACAAACGUGGGGCUUCAGCAUUGUCUGAACACUAGCUAUGUUUGUAGAGGUCUACUUUCCUCCACAAAAACAAAUGCUGACACUAUUUCUUCUCACCUCAAGUUAAACCGAUGGAACCAGGAAGCCUUUGUGCUGGUCAGUGAUGCCAGAAGGCAAGACUAACACUCAAGUAGUGUAAACAGCUUAAGUGUUGCCAGGGACAGUCAGCAAUGUGCAUGUUACAACAUGUUAGCAUGCUGCCUUGGCCAUAGGUGUACUGUUGGGUGCCACUGUUUUUCCUAACUGAAAACAUUUUAAAUAGAACUGCCUGGAAAGGUGUGUAAAUGCCCUUAAUAGCAUAGUGAGCAUAAGUAUGCUUAGGUAAAGUCCGGGUGUUGUGUUACUUUUAUCUCCAGCAAGUUUGGUAUUUAUACCAACCAUUGUCCACUUGCCUUUAUGACCUUGAACCAACCUGUGGAACAGAGUAUCAAUGAACUAAAAACUAUUAAGGCAGAAGGCAUUGUGGGGAAUUUGGUGUAUGAUAUUGACAACAAAUCUGACCAAAAUAAAAUCAAGUGUUUAUUUCUUGUGCCUCAGCUGUAUUAAAGGGUUUGGAGAACA